AUGGGCACCCGAAUAAAACAGACGCUGCAGGAUCGGCGGAAGGGAGAGCUUGCACUCUCUGACUUUGCCGACUACGUCGAAAAGCAACAGUCAAAAGCUCGCACUAAACCCACCGAGUCCGUGUACAGCGAUACUGGAUAUUCUACGGCGACCAUCUCGUCCGUUAAUGAAGAUCAUGCAGAGCUCGAUGUUCUAGAUCAGCUCGGCCUAUCCGAUGGUCCAAAUCAGGUCAAACUAAAGCACUGGUUGCUUGAUCCUUCGGACGAUGCGGUCACAACGCUACAGCAGCUCGCUGGUCUUGUCCAGUCUAGGCUGGAUGAGGGUCACGGCGAAACCCUAUUCGACUUGGGCCUAGAGGAUAGUGGCGAAUCCAUGGGUUUCGCAAAAGAGCAAUGGGACCACGCAUUAGCGAGGAUAGUCGAGGCUUCUGCGUCUCUCAAAGCGGCUGUCCGGGUGCUCGUGACCUACAACGUAGGCGGAGAAACUGAAGCUACGGCGAAGGAUAUCAAGGACACAUUCUGUCAUGGGAAGCUCCUGAUUCGGCAAACCCCGGCCACCGCAGAGGAGGUUAUCGAGACGCGGAUUGCGGUGGUCGGCAAUGUCGACGCAGGUAAAUCCACGAUGCUAGGUGUCCUAGUCAAAGGCAACCUCGAUGACGGCCGUGGUAAGGCACGAGUAAAUCUCUUCCGUCAUAAGCACGAGAUUGAAUCUGGCCGAACAUCCUCAGUCGGGAUGGAAAUCCUGGGCUUCGAUACUCAUGGUGAGGUCGUUGUUACCAGUGUUCCUGGUCGGAAGCUUACCUGGGGCGAAAUCGGCACUCGCUCUGCUAAAGUCAUUUCUUUCACUGAUCUCGCAGGUCACGAGAGGUAUUUGCGGACAACUGUUUUUGGACUCCUUUCUUCUGCACCCAACUACUGCUUGCUUAUGGUCGCGGCAAAUAAUGGUUUGAUUGGUAUGAGCAAGGAGCAUCUGGGCAUUGCACUUGCCUUGAAUGUGCCUGUCAUGGUCGUCAUUACCAAGAUCGACAUCUGUCCGCCCCAAAUUCUAGAACAGACCAUUACUCAAUUGACCAGGAUACUUAAGUCCCCAGGUGCCCGCAAAAUACCUAUCUUCAUCAAGACACAUGAAGAGACGGUUAUGACUGCAACCCAGUUUGUUUCGCAGCGGAUAUGCCCCAUCUUCCAGGUCUCAAACGUCACCGGAGAAUGCCUCGACUUAGUGCGGACUUUCUUGAACAUCCUGCCUCACCAUGGUCACUAUGACAGCAAUGCAUCUUUUGAGUUUCAUAUAAAUGACACAUUCUCCGUUCCAUUUGUUGGCACAGUUGUAUCUGGAGUGGUAAAGUCGGGUGUGGUUCAUGCAGGUGAUACAGUUUUGGUCGGUCCAGAUUCCCUAGGACAAUUCCAAACAACAAACAUUCGAUCCAUCGAGCGUAAGAGGAUACAAGUCCCAGCCUGCAGCGCUGGACAGUCGGCUUCGUUCGCGCUGAAGCGAAUUCGGCGAAAGGAAGUCCGCAAAGGGAUGGUCGUCCUGCCAAAAAUCGAAACAGCCCCACCCAAGGUGUACAGAGAAUUUGUUGCCGAAGUCCUCAUCUUGUCUCACGCGACCACCAUUCGACCGAAAUAUCAAGCGAUGCUUCAUGUCGGCCCAGUCAGCCAGACUUGUGCCAUUGUCGACAUUGAUCGUGAAUUCAUUCGGACCGGAGAUCGUGCCACUGUGGCGUUCCGCUUUGUGCAACGACCAGAGUUUCUUGCAGUGGGAGAGCGGAUAUUGUUCCGUGAGGGUAGAACCAAGGGCCUCGGGAUUGUCAAGUCUCUGGGUUAUGAGGAAGGUUCAUUGAGCAAGCAACCUGGCUUCCCUGACAGUGCUGGUGAAGAUGAGUCCAAAGGCAAGUCUAAAGUUGAUGACGCGAAGCCGGGUAUAGCAAGCAAGCAGGCUGCGGUCGUCUCAAAUGGGAGGUCAAAGUAG